AUGUCAGAUGUAGAUAAUAGAGAAGCCAAAAAAAAGGUUAAAAGAGAGGAUUUUCCUAUAUUGAAAAAAUUAAUUCAGGAAUUAACUUCACCAACCCACCAACAAGUUGAAGGCCCCAUCACUUUGCAGUCGAGUGUCUCUGAGAUAGAUGUAGGCUCGCUUGGUUUUCUCGAUUUAUAUAAUAAGAUUGAUACUGCUGAAGACAAUUUUUAG